AUGGACUUGUUCUGGAUGUGGAUACCUGUUUUGGGCUCUCUGAUUUUUGCGGAAAUCUUGUGGAGUCUACCCAUCGAUCGGGAUCAGUGGCCGAGGCCUCAGGAUGUGGAGCUGGCUGAGGGCUACCUCAGGCGGUUUUACAGCCUGAACCCCAGAGGCAGAGUUUCAAGAAGGAGUAUCAGGUCCACGUAUGCCAUGGAGGAGAAGAUCAGAGAAAUGCAAAACUUUUUUGGUUUGAGAGAGACGGGUGGUCUGAAUCCUCACACCCUGAAUGUGAUGAAGAAGCCCCGGUGUGGUGUUCCAGAUGUGGAAAACUUCAGCUUUUACCCUAGAAAGUCUAAAUGGAAGAAUCACACCAUCACAUACAUGAUAUCCAAAUACACUCCGGACAUGAAGAGAGAGGAUGUGGAAAAGUCCUUUCGCUCAGCGCUAAAGUUAUGGAGUGAUGCAGCACCGCUGAAGUUCAUCAAAGUCAACUAUGGCAAAGCUGAUAUAGUCUUCAGCUUCGCACGCAAAACUCAUGGAGAUUUCUUUCCCUUUGAUGGACCCCGGGGUGUGCUGGCUCAUGCAUUUCAGCCAGGAGAGGGGAUAGGAGGGGACGUGCACUUUGAUGAGGACGAAACUUGGACGGCGGGGAGGCAAGGUUACAGCCUGUUUGCAGUUGCAGCUCAUGAGCUCGGCCACUCGCUGGGUUUGACUCACUCAAAAGACCCCUCUGCUAUCAUGUACCCCAACUACAGAAUUCACAGCAGUACGCAGUAUUCUCUGUCCAAAGACGAUGAGCUUGGGAUCCAAGCGCUGUACGGAAAACCAAAAGGAAAAGUGGAAACAGAACCAGCCCCUGAAAAAUGUGGCCCCAACUUUUCUUAUGAUGCAGCAGUUAUGAUUGGAAAAGAGAUUGUUUUCUUUAAGGACAGGUACAUGUGGAUGAGAACAACGCAGACAACUUAUUGGAAUCGCCUGAGAGAAAGCCACAGCAGCACAUAUUUACCCAGCAUCAGUUCUCACGUGGAUGCCGCUUAUGACAUCCCUGCCAAAGGCGUGGCGUACAUAUUCACUGGUACGGUCAUAAGUAUUGGGGUGGUUCGACAGCUUAAGAUGAAAAGUCACGCCCGCUCCAUCCAUGAGUACGGCUUCUCCUCCAGAGUCAAGCAGGUUGACGCUGCCGUGCAUAUCAGCGAAUAUGGGAAAACUGUCUUCUUCAUUGGAGAGUUUUAUUACAGGUAUGAUGAGCUCAAGAGAAGGAUGGACCCCGGCUUCCCCCGACUGAUCCAAAAAGACUGGCCUGGAAUUCCUAAAAGGGUCGACGCUGCCUUUAAGUUAGAUGGUAACAUCUUCCUCUUCAGUGGGGCAAAAUCCUACCAGUACGACUUCAGACAGACACGAUGGAUGGAGAGAAGAAAACAUUUCAACAAUAUGUCUGUAGUUGACUUUUUUUGGAUAGUGCUACUGGGUUGUUUUGCCUUGUGUCAUGCAGCACCUACAAUUGCGCCAACAGUUUCACCAGUGGAGGAAAACCUGGCAGAGGAUUACAUUUCUCGGUUCUACGCUGACGUUGGGAUGACAAACUCCACACUACGAAGAGCUGUUAAGAGCAAUUUCAGUCAGGAUCUACAGGUCAUGCAGGCUUUCUUUGGCCUGGAGGUGACUGGAGUCAUGAAUAAUGAGACUAUGACUGUAAUGAAGGAGCCCAGGUGUGGUGUGUCGGAUAUCAGCCGAUAUGGACACUUUAGUGGGAGACCCAAGUGGGAGAAGAGGCUGAUUACAUACAGGAUCACUCAAUACACUCCAGAACUGACCCAGAGUCAUGUGGAUUCAACCAUCGCUCAGGCCUUCCAGCUGUACAGCGAUGUCAUCCCACUCAACUUUAAGCAGGUCUACAGCGGUAAUGCGGAUAUCAUGAUCCUUUUCAAGGGUGGAUAUCACGGGGACUUUUACCCUUUUGACGGGGCGGGUGGAGUCUUGGCUCAUGCUAACUCUCCUGGACGGGGUCAGGGAGGGGACACACACUUUGAUGAUGAUGAAACCUGGACUCUUAGCUCAAGAGGUGUGAAUCUUCUGCUGGUGGCAGCCCAUGAGUUUGGCCAUGCACUUGGCCUGGAUCACUCCAGGAACAGAAGGGCACUUAUGUACCCCACCUAUCGAUAUGUCAACACUAAUGGGUACAGGCUGCCCGAUGAUGACAGGCGUGGGGUUCAAGCCCUAUAUGGCAGUCGUACACCAGUGCCAACAACAGCACCGAAACCUAAACCGCCUCCUGGUCCGGACCCUGGACCAGAGCCAGAGGAACCAACAGAGGAUCCAGAAGACCCUCUCCCCAACCCCAGAGAUGAGCAGUGCAGCCGAGAGCUGGUGUUUGACGCUGCUACCUCUAUCAGGGGAGACCUCUUCUUCUUUAAAAAUGGAUACUAUUGGAGGAAGAGUUCAACUCUCAGUGGAAUCCGUUUAACGAAAGUGAGUACAAAAUGGUCACAAAUCAACUCUGUCGAUGCUGCAUUUGAAGUCCCAAACAAGGAUGUGGUGUGUCUUUUUGAAGGUCGUCAAUACUGGUGCAUUAGGUCUUAUGCAAAGACAAUCAUUUCAGGGUAUCCAAAGCCUCUUACAAACCUUGGCCUGCCCUCUUCAGUCAGUAAGGUCGAUGCAGCUGUCUAUGUGCCAACUACUGGAAAAACACUCAUAUUUGUGAAAAACCUGUAUUGGAGUUAUGAUGAGAGAAGAAACCAAAUGGACUUUGGAUACCCACGAUCAAUAAUUCUGGAUUUCCCUGGCAUAGGCUCUAAAGUUGAUGCAGCCUUUGAGAAUUAUGGAUAUCUAUAUUUCUCAGAUGGCCCCCGGCAGAGUGAAUACAACCUGCCCUACAAGACAGUGAUACGUGUACUGCUCAACUACGGCUGGCUCAACUGUUACUGAGAACUCACAGACAACAGAUCAAUGUCUAAGAUGUGCUUGCUGCCAGCAUAUUAUGAACAAAUAAAUGACCUGAAUAACAAUAUUUUACAUUUUUAUGAAGUGGGGAAUCAAUUUUGCAGAAAUGUAACUAUUGCUUGGCUGAUGCAAAGAGAAAUGAUCUUACUGAGUGGAUAUUAAUAAGGAAUGUAAUGACGGGGAAUUGUUAGACAUGUUUAUUUAUUUCACUGAUGCGUAAUUGUGCCAUUGUGGGUGUAAAAUAUGUGGUUUAAAGUUGUUCUAUGAACACAUCCCAUGGUUAAAAUAAACAAUUGUACCCUCAAGUCAUAA